GUGAAGACAAGGACAUUGAAGGGAAUGGAGAGAGGAUGCAACCUCCUUACUCGGCACCUGAGAAGAGGCACAGAUGGGCAGUGUAGCUUAUCCUGUGAUUGUUGCCAAUUACAGGCAAAGUCCUACCAGGAAGAAAAAGGUAGAUACUGAUCACAACUCAAGGAACAAACAACCACCUGCACCUCAUGUUGAUAACAAACCCCCUAAAGUACAGAUACACCAUCACUUUAAAGUGAGCAGGAUUCAGGAAGACCAGAAAAGAAUUGCUAGCAUUGAAAGAGAAAACAAGAAACUUUUGGAGAAGUUAGCUGAGAUAUACCGUGGAAAAGGGAUAGUGGAUUGCUGGAAUGAAUACCGCCAAAAGAGCUCAAAUAGAGAGAAACAGAACAGGGAAAUAGUGAAGAUCACUUUGGAAAACCAAAGAAUUCUGAAGAAACUUGGUAACCUCAAAGCUACUUAUGAUCAUAGGAAGUAUGAGAUUGAUUGGCAGGAGAAUAUGCCAUACAUGGAGAUUCAGUGGAGACUCAGCACAUCUUGUCCUGUAAAGGAUGUAUGUAACAACUGGCUGAAGUUUUCUUGGAAUUUUAGAAUAAAUUGGAGCAUUGAGUGA